GAACCCGCUGUGUGUGCUGUGGUGGACCAAGGAUAGCUGCUCGCAGAGCGGAGGAAGGAAACGAAAAUCCAACACAAUGCGUUAGACACCGGGCAGUGGCUCGUCCCCAUACCACUUGCCAAUUCUCUGGCUCUGCCGCUCCCAGAGGAAUAUGGCGUGAGGAAAACCAUGGAAACUAAAUGCGAAACUAUCGGGAGUUACUCGUAGUGGCGGACUCUGCUGCCACUGCCUGGAAGUUUUUGUGUGUGAGCGUGAGUGUGUGGCUUUUUCCCCUGUCGAGGGGCCCCGACGGUGGCGGCGGCUCUCUCCCCGGAGCGGUGUCACUGUCUGCCCAGCUCCAUGCAAAACCUAACGGCCCCAGGCGGCCCCGGAAACUCCAAUGUCACCUGCUCCUGCAACUGCACUGCUUCUCAGCCACAGGCAAUGGAGAUAUCACGUCCCCUAGAAGUUAAACAUCUUCGACAUGAGUGAACACAGCAUCAAGCAGUGGAAACCUGAACUGGAGUUUGUUCAGAUCGUCAUCAUUAUCCUGGUGAUGACAGUGAUGGUGGUGGUGAUCAUCUGCCUGCUCAACCACUACAAGCUCUCCACCUGGUCUUUAAUUACAAGGCAGAGCCAGGCCCACAGGCACAACCAUGCCCUUCAGCAGGAAGGGUGUCUGUGGCCUUCAGCGACUCGAUCUCAACAAGGUGCCUCCGAGGUAUUAUACACUCCCCAGGCCAGGGAUCGCUUCACUGCUCCCUCCUUUAUGCAGCGUGACCGCUUCAGCCGCUUUCAGCCCACCUAUCCCUACUUGCAGCACCAGAUUGACCUUCCGCCCACCAUAUCGCUGUCGGACGGCGAGGAGCCCCCACCAUAUCAAGGGCCCUGCACCCUGCAGCUCCGUGACUCUGAGCAGCAGAUGGAGCUCAACCGUGAGUCAGUGAGGGCGCCACCCAACAGGACCAUCUACGACAGUGACUUGAUCGACAUGGGAGGAGGUGGGAGUCUGGGUGGCAUUGUGGGUGGAGGGAUAGGCAUGGGAGGUGGUGGUCCGAGGCCGCCCAGCAGUAACAUGGGCAUCAGCGCAGCCAACUCUAGCAACCACGGAUGCUUGGAGGGCCCCCCACCGGCAUACAGUGAGGUGAUGUGCCACUACCCCGGCUCUGCAUUCUUUCCACAGCAGCACAGCAAUAACCCGAGGUUAGGGGGCGCAGGGAGCAGGACAAUCCCGCAGCAGAGCCAAUCAGAAAGCACAAUAGUACCUACAAAGGCCAAGGAUGGCCAGCCGGAGGACCUGGUGUGACUAAAAGGCUAGCAAAGCAGGCUUGGCCACCCACCCCAGACUGAGAAAUGUCUCUCCACUUCACCCCUGAUGAUCAAUAAGUGUUCUUGCUCUCUGUCUCUCUGAUGUCCUCCUUCCACACUCUCAUGCACAAACAAAUAUCAACCUUAGCUAAAACUAAACAAGGAAUGUGAGGAACAAAGAGUUGAUUCGGGAUAUAUGCACUGCGUGAAGACUUUUUUAAGAAAGAAACAUAUAAGAAAGAAACAUACUGCGAGCAUAGAUUGAAACCAUUUGCUUUAUUUUUCCCCUCUUUGGGAACUGAAAAUUAUGAUUUUCAUUUUUGUUUUCUAUUUUUUAUUUCUUUUCUUUCCUUUUUUUCCGGACCUGUGCACAAAGCGAGAACUGAGGUGAGAAUUAAGGACAUGAAGAGAACACAACAAAACCUGAGCCUCACAAACCCAAAUCUUAGUGCCAAGGUUCACGAGGAAACAAAACAAAGGGUGGAAAUUACUCAUUAUGACAUUGAAAACACAAGCAAGAAAAGUUGCACUAUCCCUUUGCUGUUAAAGAGAAGAUGGUAUGUGAUGAUAAUUAUUCUGAUGUUUUGUUUAAUUUAAUUUUUUGUUUGUUUUCUUGGGGUUUAUUUUUGUCCUUUACAUGAAUGGACUGACUGAACUUAAGCUCCAAAGGAGCAAAAAACUAAAACCAACAACAAGUAUUAUAAGCUUAAAUCCUUCCUUUGAAAACCACAAGAAAUGCUUGUACCCAGCCUACGGUAUCACUGUCGGCUGACACCACAGGCACAGCGAGACUUAGUAAGAGAAUAACCUCGUACUGCUUCAUGUCUUAGUAAACUUCAGCCUCAUGCGGAUGGAAUCUGCUGUGUAACCAGCUGCUGGUUGGACAAAACAUCUCUAAAUCCUCUGGUGGAUUGUUACAGGAUUUGAAGAUGGCUUUCCAAAGCCAGGGUAAACUAUUAGAUUGAUGAGAGCUGCUUGGUGAGACCCAUACCAACAAGUGGUUAAUCUGGCCAGCUGGUUGGAUAUCAACCUAAUCUUAAACAGCUGAACUCGAUAACAAAAUAUCUACAUGUCUGUUCAGCAGCCUGGUCACAGCAAAUAUGUCUUUUCUCAACCCUGUCCUGACCUCUGAGCACUUGACACUUCCUCUUUCCAGUUUCCUGCAUCUAUAACUCCACCUACCCCCUUGACCUCCUCUCAUUGCUCAUUUUGGCAUGAACAGUUAUCUGCCAACAGCCACACUGAAACUCGAACCCUGCCACCAUAACAACAUAAACACAAAACAACAACAAGAAGAAGGCUACUUAAAGUCUCUUAAGUCACAAAAACAAGACUUUACAAAGUGAAGAUUCCUGUCAGCACAGCAAUCAGGUUUAAGAUGAAAAUUGUGGUUAAAGUGAAAGGGCUAUGGGAGGGUUAAAAAACAUUUAUGAAAAUCUAGCCAUUUUCUCUGCUCAUCGUUGCCUUAUCUACUCGCUCUUGUGCUUUUUCUGUUUCUUGCACUCUCUUCCCCCCCCUGCCCCCACCCCCAAAAUGCAUCCCAGCUUUGUAACAGUGUUCAUCAUUCCCUCCUUUCAUCCAUGUGCAGAAAAGGUGUGUGAAAAUGAAGUCCACUGAAGCCCUUUAAAGUAGACCGGAGUGGAGACCUUGUUUGGCAGUGUGCUUUUGCUGUCUUCUCCCUGUGUGCUUACUGUGUGUGAGGCGUGUGUGUGCUUGUGCGUGUGCGUGUGCGUGCGCGCGCGGCAUUGUCCUUGUUAACCAUUAUUAUUAAUUAAGCUAUUAAUUAGAAUUCAGUUGAGUGUCUCUUUAAAAAAUCACAGAUGCACUAUGGUUAUUAACAUAGGGUGGAAGUGACCUCAGGGUAAAAGCUCAAACAAAGGGCACGCAGUCCUCCCACAGGCUCCAUUAAAGCUGCACAGUGAAAACAAUGUAAACUGAGCAAAGUACAAACUGCAGCUGUAGAGACUGAGACUACUCAAACAACAAAAAAUAAGAACUAAAUCUUGAGGAAACUAUUUUGCUUGUCUUGUAGAAGAUUAGAGGAGAAGGCUGGUGUUUAUUCUAAAUGUCAUAUGUAUAAAUUUCAUGAAAACACAAAGUAAUCUUAACUCUUGGUGACUUCUGUACGCUGGCUGUGGCUAUCAACCUCAGGACCAUUGAUUCAUACUGAAGACUUUAAAGGGGACAUAGCAUGCCCAUUUUACCACAAGUUGAUAUGGUUCCUUGGGGUCUUAAUGAAAUGUCUGUAACAUACUUUGGUCAAAAUACCACAAGGAUCAUUUAAAACAGCACCCUUUU